UUGUUUUGCCUGCUUGGCAGCAGCACAUCAAGCACUUCUUCUCAUCACUUUGGCUCCUUUUCAGCCGCAUUCGAGCCUUCAUUUCGCACGCACACCUUGGAGAGGACACAGCGGCUGCGUUGCCAUGGCAACGUUUGCAGAGUACAUGGCGCAAAACGAGGAGCGCGACGGCGUGCGCUUCAGCUGGAACGUGUGGCCGUCCAGCCGCCUGGAGGCCACCCGCAUGGUGGUUCCGGUGGCGGCUCUCUUCACGCCGCUCAAGGAGCGCCCGGACCUGCCGCCCAUCCAGUACGAACCGGUUAUGUGCAGCCGCGCCACCUGCCGCGCCGUGCUCAACCCGCUCUGCCAGGUGGACUACCGGGCCAAGCUGUGGGCGUGUAACUUCUGCUACCAGAGGAACCAGUUACCGCCGUCCUACUCCGGUAUCUCAGAAGUCAACCAACCGGCCGAGCUGCUUCCUCAGUUCUCCACCAUCGAGUACGUGGUCCAGCGCGGCCCGCUCAUGCCGCUGGUCUUCCUCUACGUGGUGGACACCUGCAUGGACGACGAGGACCUGCAGGCCUUGAAGGAGUCCCUGCAGAUGUCCUUGUCCCUCCUGCCGCCCACGGCACUGGUCGGCCUCAUCACCUUGGGCCGCAUCGUCCACGUGCACGAGCUGGGCUGUGAGGGCGUGUCCAAGAGCUACGUCUUCAAAGGCACCAAAGACCUGAGCGCCAAACAGCUGCAGGAGUUUCUGGGUCUGAGCAAAGCCGUGGCGUCUCAGGGACGAGGACCUCAACCUGCCCAACAGCCGCAGUCCAACAGAUUCCUGCAGCCGCUCCAAAAAGUGGACAUGAACCUGACAGACCUUCUGGGGGAUGUUCAGAGAGACUGUUGGCCCGUGGUCCAGGGCAGGCGUCCUCUGCGCUCGCUGGGCGUGGCCAUGUCCAUCGCUGUGGGCCUGCUGGAGUGCGCCUUUCCCAACACGGGUGCUCGCAUCAUGACCUUCGUCGGGGGUCCGGCCACGCAGGGUCCCGGCAUGGUGGUGGGGGACGAUCUGAAGACACCCAUCAGGUCUUGGCAUGACAUCGAAAAAGAUAAUGCCAAGUUCAUGAAGAAGGCCUCCAAGCAUUACGAGGCGUUGGCCAACAGGGCAUCUGCUAACGGUCAUGUGAUGGACAUCUAUGCGUGUGCACUUGACCAGACUGGACUUCUGGAGAUGAAGUGCUGCGCCAACAACACAGGAGGCUACAUGGUGAUGGCUGACUCCUUCAACACGUCGUUGUUCAAACAAACCUUCCAAAGAGUUUUCACCAAAGACGUUCAGGGCUGCUUCAAGAUGGCCUUCGGCGCCACGCUGGAAGUCAAGACGUCCAGAGAGAUCAAAGUGUCCGGUGCCAUCGGACCCUGCGUGUCCCUCCACGCCAAAGGACCCUGCGUCUCUGAAAACGAGAUCGGCUGUGGUGGAAGCUGUCAAUGGAAGAUGUGCGCCUUGGACCCCAGCACCACCGUGGCGCUGUACUUUGAGGUGGUCAAUCAGCACAAUGCACCGAUCCCCCAAGGAGGUCGUGGAGCUCUGCAGUUUGUCACCCACUACCAACACUCGUCAGGACUAAGACGCAUCCGAGUGUCAACCAUCGCCAGGAACUGGGCGGACGCUCAGACUCAGAUCCAGACCAUCGCCGCCUCCUUUGAUCAAGAGGCGGCCGCCAUCUUGAUGGCCAGGCUGGCGGUGUAUCGUGCAGAGACGGAGGAGGGGCCAGAUGUUCUCAGGUGGUUGGACCGACAACUCAUCAGACUGUGCCAGAAGUUUGGAGAUUACCACAAAGACGACCCCAACUCCUUCAGAUUCUCGGAGACCUUCUCCUUGUACCCCCAGUUCAUGUUCCACCUGAGGCGCUCGCCCUUCCUGCAGGUGUUCAACAACAGUCCAGACGAGAGUUCUUACUACCGACACCAGUUCAACCGCCAGGACCUGACCCAGGCGCUCAUCAUGAUCCAGCCUGUGCUCUACGCCUACUCCUUCAAUGGUCCACCAGAGCCCGUCUUGUUGGACAGCAGCAGCAUCCUUCCAGACCGCAUCCUGCUCAUGGACACCUUCUUCCAGAUCCUCAUCUACCACGGAGAGACGGUGUCCCAGUGGAGGAAGGCGGGCUACCAGGACAUGUCUGAGUACGACAACUUCCGACACCUUCUUCAGGCCCCAGUGGACGACGCCCAGGAACUGUUGCACGCUCGCUUCCCCAUGCCCAGGUACAUCGACACGGAACAUGGCGGCAGCCAGGCUCGCUUCCUGCUGUCCAAGGUGAAUCCGUCACAGACACACAACAACAUGUAUGCGUGGGGGGGCCAGGAGGCGGGAUCUGCCAUCCUGACAGAUGAUGUCAGCCUGCAGGUGUUCAUGGACCACCUGAAGAAGCUGGCCGUGUCCAGCGCCGCCUGACCACCUCCAUCCAUCCAUGGAUGAUGAUGUUAUCCUGCAGGUGUUCAUGGACCACCUGAAGAAGCUGCCCGUGUCCAGCGCCGCCUGACCACCUCCAUCCAUCCAUGGAUGAUGAUGUCAUCCUGCAGGUGUUCAUGAACCACCUGAAGAAGCUGCCACCUUCAUCCAUCCAUGGAUGAUGACGUCAUCCUGCAGGUGUUCAUGGACCACCUGAAGAAGCUGCCUCCUUCAUCCACGGAUGAUGAUGUCAGCCUGCAGGUGUUCAAGGACCACCUGAAGAAGCUGCCACCUUCAUCCAUCAAUGGAUGAUGAUGUUCUCCUGCAGGUGUUCAUGGACCACCUGAAGAAGCUGCCACCUUCAUUCAGCCAUGGAUGAUGAUGUCAGCCUGCAGGUGUUCAUGGAUCACCUGAAGAAGCUGCCUCCUUCAUCCAUGGAUGAUGAUGUCAGCCUGCAGGUGUUCAUGGACCACCUGAAGAAGCUGCCACCUUCAUCCAUCCAUGGAUGAUGUCAUCCUGCAGGUGUUCAUGGACCACCUGAAGAAGCUGCCACCUUCAUCCAUGGAUGGAUGGUGAUGUCAUCCUGCAGGUGUUCAUGGACCACCUGAAGAAGCUGCCCUUUUCAUCCAUGGAUGAUGAUGUCAGCCUGCAGGUGUUCAUGAACCACCUGAAGAAGCUGCCUCCUUCAUCCACGGAUGAUGAUGUCAGCCUGCAGGUGUUCAAGGACCACCUGAAGAAGCUGCCACCUUCAUCCAUCAAUGGAUGAUGAUGUUCUCCUGCAGGUGUUCAUGGACCACCUGAAGAAGCUACCACCUUCAUCCAUCAAUGGAUGAUGAUGUUCUCCUGCAGGUGUUCAUGGACCACCUGAAGAAGCUGCCACCUUCAUCCAGCCAUGGAUGAUGAUGUCAGCCUGCAGGUGUUCAUGGAUCACCUGAAGAAGCUGCCUCCUUCAUCCAUGGAUGAUGAUGUCAGCCUGCAGGCGUUAAUGGACCACCUGAAGAAGCUGCCACCUUCAUCCAUCCAUGGAUGAUGUCAUCCUGCAGGUGUUCAUGGACCACCUGAAGAAGCUGCCACCUUCAUCCAUGGAUGGAUGAUGAUGUCAUCCUGCAGGUGUUCAUGGACCACCUGAAGAAGCUGCCCUUUUCAUCCAUGGAUGAUGAUGUCAGCAUGCAGUUGUUCAUGGAUCACCUGAAGAAGCUGCCACCUUCAUCCAUGGAUGGAUGAUGACGUCAUCCUGCAGGUGUUCGUGGACCACCUGAAGAAGCUGCCCCCUUCAUCCAUGGAUGAUAAUGUCAGCCUGCAGGUGUUCAUGGACCACCUGAAGAAGCUGACACCUUCAUCCAUCCAUGGAUGAUGAUGUCAUCCUGCAGGUGUUCAUUGACCACCUGAAGAAGCUGCCACCUUCAUCCAUGAAUGGAUGAUGACGUCAUCCUACAGGUGUUCAUGAACCACCUGAAGAAGCUGCCCACUUCAUCCAUGGAUGAUGAUGUCAGCCUGCAGGUGUUCAUGGACUACCUGAAGAAGCUGACAACUUCAUCCAUCCAUGGAUGAAGAUGUCAUCCUGCAGGUGUUCAUGGACCACCUGAAGAAGCUGACACCUUCAUCCAUCCAUGGAUGAAGAUGUCAUCCUGCAGGUGUUCAUGGACCACCUGAAGAAGCUGACACCUUCAUCCUUCCAUCUGCUGGUCACACGUGACCCAUCCCCCACUGACGGCCAUCUUCUUUUCAUCCCUUUUCUUGUCAAACUUUUGUCUCUGCCCGUGUUGCCAUGGUGACAUCGGGCCUCCCUGAGGGUUGCCAUGGUAACGUUACAGUCAUGUGACCAGACAAAGUGUGGCUCGUAGAUAAGACAAAGAUCAGGAAGGGACCCUCCAAAAUAAAAAGCAUGUAUGUCGUUACUAUGACAACAGCACAAUAUCCCUCCCACAACCUUCUCACUUCCUCUCUUUCUUUAAACACUUCCUGCAGGAAACAGGAACUGUCUGGGUCUCCAUGCCAAUCAGCGUGUGUGUGUGUGUGUGUGUGUGUGUGUGUGUGUGUGAGUGUGUGGAAUGUGUCUGACACACACACACAGACACACACACGUCCUAUCAGUAUUUAUCCUGUGUGUGUGUGUUUAUGACACACACACAUGACAUGUCAACAACAACAACAAAUGUACAAAUUGUAUUCUUACUACUUUCAAGUGCCCACUUGGAAAGAAAAGAUGGCAGCGGAAGGAAAGGCGGAAGUCAUGUGACUAAAUAAAUGACCACAACACA